CUAGAAUCUGAAUUUUUGCCACUUUUUUCCAGAGAGAGCAGGGUGUGGCGAGUUCAGUAUAGUUUAGAAGGGAGGGGACUACAUAAAAGGCUAUAAUACGAGUAGUGGUGUCUUAAAGAAAUAUUGAAAAUAUAGGAGCUAUAAGUCUCCUUUCUUUCAAGAUGUUAACUUUGAACCAUACAAAUUAACGUAAUAUUUUAUUCAUAGUAUCUUCUUCUCGCUCUAAUUCCUAACUUCGCUGCUGAUAGUGAUAAUACAUCACAUGAGGGUACAGAAGAAGAAGAAGAAGCAGCAGCAGUACCGUGUGAAAGUCUGAAGUUAUACGUGCAUGUACGUAGUAGCAAACCAGGCUGUGUGUAUAUAUAGAUAGACUUGUGCUGUUCUCUUGAGAUGGCAUCCAAACCUUCCAAAAUCUCAAUCAUCCCUCUCCCUUGGCCUUUGCAGCCAGUCUUUCCUUUUCCUUAUUAUAAAAAAAUAUCACGUGAAUUGCUUAGCUGCUCUGCUUUUCCUCCAAUUUCGUCCCCUGUGUUCCCAUUACAACUUUAUUUCCUCAGCCAAUACCCGUUGCUUCAAUUUGCCUGGUUUUCUUUUCUGGGUUGUUCCUGCUUCGCUACCUACAUAUAUAGUCACAUAUUCUUUUCCUUCUUCUCCUUUGGUUCUGUUUAACAAAUGGAGGGAGACAAGAAGCAUGUCAGCGCUGGUGCUGCUUCUUCUUCGUCAUUGGCGGCUGAACUUUUUGGGACCAAGGAGUCACCGCCCAGUUCUUCAGCUGGGGUUUUCGCUUCCAUCUUCCCGCCUCCAUCAACUGUAAGUAUGACAUAAUUAGUUUCUGAUUUUUCUUGUUACAGGGUUCACUUGUAUAGUCUGUUGUGGAAAGUAGAAUCCCAGGGAUUUUCAUUUUAUGGUGGAUUGUAUUGCUUCUUUUUGCAGGUCCUGAAGAAGUCUUCCAACUCUGCGGGGGCUGGAACUUGGCACAAGUAUCAGCAUCACUCUGGAAAGCAUGGAACAACAGCAAUGAAUGGUGAGGCUGGAAGCUAUGGCAUCAUGGGUCACAGCAGGGAGAGGAUGGAGCCAUGCCAUCUGAGUUCAUCGAUUUACUAUGGCGGCCAAGAAAACUACUCUCAGUCUCCAAGUAGCCAAUCCCCUGGCUCAUAUCCUAUCUUCAAGAAAGAUGGAGAAGAGGAUGAUCCUAAUGGAAACAAUUCCACCAGUGCUUCCAGAGGGAAUUGGUGGCAAGGUUCUCUAUAUUACUAGGACCCUCGACUGCUUUGCCAUGCCGAUUUCCCCUUCUAUUUUCCAAAGGAAUUCAUGGAAAUCUAUGGGAUAUGUAUGUUUGAGGUGCAAAAUCAAUAGUAAACUAUGUGGACAAAACUAUCAGCCAUGGUUAAAAAAGGGACUCUUGCAAGUGGAAGAGCUGAUUACGGAUAUGAAAAAGAUAUCUGCUUCCAUGAAAAAGAUGUACCAUAAGUUGUGUGACACUCAUUCUUUCUUUCCUUUCUUUUGGUCUCAAAAGGCUGCUGCUGUACAUUGUUCUGCUUUUGCUAGCUUGUGAAAAGUGAAAACCUAAAACUGUAACAAACUUCUGGGCAUCUCCUGCAAUGUAUUGUUCAAAUAGUAUCAAAGGUUGUAUUUUGAAACUAAUAGCAUCACAUCCUUCGUUCCUUUCUGAGCUUCUUAAACCUUCAAACUAGUAAGGAACCAUGGAGACAUAUCAGAAGCUCAAUUUUUACCCACGAUAUUGACAAAGAUCUUGUUCAUCCCUGUUCCCAGCAGUUGAAAUACAAAGGAACAACCUUUCAUAAGCAGCAGUCAUUUUUGUAGCUGUGAAAAGCUGUAAACCUCUCUGUCUACAAGCCUCUCCUUUCUUCUCCAAAACCUCUCUUCCAUCUUCCCACACUUUGGACAGAGCCUUCUUUAGUGAAGCCACAGUGGGAGAGAAUGUAUAACCCAUCUCUCCACCCACAAUCACAGAGCCAGUGAUGCUAGCCACUCGUGUAGCCAUCACCGGCUUGCCAGACAGCAUUGCCUCUAGCAGUGUAUGAUCCAGCCCCUGAGCUCGAAGCGUUGGGUUAACAAAAAUAUCGAUUGCAUUGUAGAAGCUGGCAAGCUGAACAUGGUCCAAUGGCCCCAAAACUAUAAUACUACCAGCUCCCAGAUCUUUGUACCUUGCAGCCCAUGGACCAUCUCCAGCAACCAGAAGAAUAACAUCAUUCCGAAAGGCGCCAUUCUCAGCUAUCAGCUGCUUCAGCGCUUCAAACAUCAAGGGGUGCCCUUUAUCCUUCACUAAUCUUCCAGCCAUGCCUAAUACUAAUGUCUUUCUUCCCGGCACACCGAACUUCCUUUUGAAUUCCAUCCCUUUUACAGAAUCAGGUUUGAAGAUCUCCUCAUCUACGCCAUUCAGAAUAACGUGAACUCGCUCUACUGGGAUCAUAUAGAUUCUUCUCAAUACAUCUCCAGCGUGAUCACUGGUAGCAACAUGGUGAGCAUAGUUUUGAAAGAACCUCACCUCAUCUACAACUUUCAUCACUCUUUCCGCCAGUGCAUAUGAUUGAGGCUCCUCAGGACUUCUCAGAAGCUCUUGAAUAAUGUCUGUGUGAACAGUCUCAUAAGCUAUCCCAUGCCAAGUGACGGCCAAAUUGGUCAGGUUUCUGGCCCUGGUAUGCAGCAGUCCCACGCUUUCCGUGUGGAUCACAUCAAAGGGUCUGGAAGUUGAGUUCUGAAGCUGAAGCUGCUUCCAGACUAUGGCUUGGUCUAAAUAGCCUGCGGAUGUUGGUUGGGAGAGGUGGAAAUGUAAAUUGGUCAUCGGAUACCUGGGGAAGGAGGCAUUGUUGGCGGCUGUUGGUGAGGCCGUGAAAACGUGAAGCUCGUGGCCUCUUCUGGCGAGUGCCAGAUGAAGAGUGAGAGCAUGGCGUUCAAGCCCUCCAGCGUGAGAUCUAUGAGGCCAUUUCUUCACAAAGAGUGCAACUUUGAGGAGCUUUGGUGGUGGCUGUGCAGAGAAAGAGAGAUGAUUCCAGGCAGAAGCAUGAGAGAGUAGAUUUAUUGCUUGGCUUUGCUUCUGCCAUGGCAUCUGGGUUUCAGAACUGUUACAUGGACCUAACGAGUGAAGGCAUGAAGCAGAAGGAAAACAUAGACAAUGGACGCCAAGGGGACCAGAGUGACCAAAGGCGCAAUUGCAGCAACAGUGUACAAACUCCCACAACUCAGAACCCCCAAUUUGAUCUGCACCAAGUUCACCAGCGCCAGAGUCAAGAACCCACAUCCCAAAAUCGAACCCAAUCCCGAAAUCAAAGUCCCCAGCCGCAGGGCCUUGAGAUUGACAUGAACCAGCGACUCAUAGUAACCCGGUCCCAGCACAUUAUCAACAACAGCGGCGGCGAAAUUGGUAGCGCUAGUAAUAUCAGCGGCGCUGUUGUCAGAGAGUACGAUGGCCUGCUUGAUUGCCAAGGCGACGAGGCUGGAGAAGAGGAAAGAGCUGAAGGCGUAGACGUGGAAGACGAGGAAGUCCUCGCCGGUGGAAGAGGCAGCGGCGCAGGAUGGGUCGGUGACGAGAGAUGCGGCGGAGCUGGAGAUGGGCUGGGAGAGGCCGAGGAAGAGGGCUAGCGUGAAGAGCGAGUUGACGUUGACGAUCCCGUCCAAGGCGGUGACGUGGAUUUUGGUGGUGGCGGAGGGCGACAUUUUUGCGGGGGAGGAGAUGGAUUUGGUUCUCCGCCCUUCCUUUACGUGGAGGGAUUAUGAAGGAAACAUGAGGCAAAGUGUUGUGUUGGGAAUAUCAUCAAUCUGUGAUCCGGCGCGGGAACUGUUUGGAGUUGCUUUGCGUUGAAGGGAGAAAGUGGUGGUGGUGGUGGUGGGG